AUGAAGGUCAGAUUGCAAAAGUCAGUCCGCUUCCAAGAACCAACACUCUCGAAUCAUCAAUACAAAAGUGAUGAUUGGAGAGAGCUUCUGAAGGAGGAAGACAGCAAUUUGAUCGACAAUGAGGAGAAUGACGAGUCCGACGACAGAGAAGAGUGGGAACCUGCGACAGCAAAGGUCACCGUGAUUCAACGUGAUGCUCCCCCAGAAGUGAUGGAUGAAAUCUCUGUCAAUGAAGCAGAUGUCGUCGUGGAAUCAUACCUCGCGGUAGCGAAACGAAACCCUAAUCGUGAUGUGGGCAUAUACUUUACCAGAGCCAAACCGGAUUCUCCUCUCUGUAUUGAACACAUAACAUCCCAUGGUCCUUUUUCAUACAGUGAUCUCGAGUCUGGUAUGAUUGUGUCGGCCAUUAAUGGAAAAUAUAUGACUUGGAGCUCUCCAGAAGAAGCAAUGGCUGAACUUGAGAAGGAAACGACCAUGACCGUGACUGCCGAGUUUGCCCCAGAAAAGUAUUACUGCAAGGAAUACACAAUGAUCCUGGAGGCAAACAUGGAGGAUUACUUCGGAACCUAUGGUGUCACAUUUGAUCGCAAGGGAGAAAAUCUACCGCUAUACGUGAAGACGGUACAAGAAGAUGGCCCAUUCGCCGAUUUGUUGCCUGGGUUGAAAGUAAUUGCCAUUGACGACCAAUUCAUGGCAUGGGAGACCCCGGAGAAAGCGCAAGAGGCUUUGGACUCUAUCCAAAAUGGUGUCAAAUAUAUCACUGUCGAAGCCACAACUGAGACUGUAAAUACAACUAUCCAGCAAGUCGAACUUGAUAUGAAUGAAUCCAAUGAGGUUGUUAUCACCGAAGUUGCUACCUUCAGCAAACAAUGCCCGCUUGACCUACGAGAGGGUAUGACGGUUGUGAUGUUGAAUGGGAAGAUCUGCAGCGAAACUUCCUCCAUUGACGAACUGGUAAACGGGGCUGGUACAAUAUGGGACAUCAUUGCUGUUGAUUUGAAUUGCCGAAGACUUCUCGUAAACCAAGAUAGAUCGGCCGGCGAAGCCAUGGUCUCUUUUUGUGGAGCAGGAGCCCUUGGAAUGGCAGCUGUGUCUUUCCAUGCGAUUGAUAUGUGCACUUAUCCAUUGAACAAUAUGCUUUCCCAACGAAAUGUCAUUGAAGAAAAGACACAAGACGAGGUAGCUGGUACAAGGGAACUAUUACUAGAUGAAGAAGAAACGGCAACUCGUGAUGCCGCUGCCAGUGAAGAUGCUGUAAACGAAAAAGAUGAAUUUGAAACAGGGACUGAAACCCAAUCUACCAUUGACAAGGAAUUGGCAUCAGCUCAUGCUGAAUCCAAGCCAUUUGACGAACAUCGGAACGAAGAAACAAGCCCUCAAGCACAGGGCAAGAUUACGAUUGUUUCUCAAAAUGCAAAGGAGGAAGACAACGAAACCAUCUCGCAACAGGGAGAUACUUCCAAUCAAGCAAUGGUUAGGUCGAGACCAACUGUUCUUCUCUCCCGUUCUAUUCCCGAUGUCAGCCCAGUUGGACAGUCGACCGAUGCAGCCAAGAGAACAUCAUCCCAAGAAACGGUCAAGUCAGAAGAGACCAUUGCUCCAGCUGCUGUUCUACGCAGUGUUCAAAAGUCUAGUCCAAUUGCUGAUGAAACCAAGAUGGGGAGAACUGCAGACUCCCCAUACCAUUUCUUCAGCACGAAUGCGAAGAGAAACAGCUUUGUGUUCAGUCUCGACAUGGGAAAGAUAGAAAAAGCCCCAACAACGAUGCAUUCAUUCCAGAUCCAAAAGAUUUGCAAUGAAGACGUUGGACUGAAGCUAGCACAGGGUCAAAAUGGUGGAGUGUACAUUGCGGAAAUGGAGAGUCAUUGUAAAUUCAGGGGAUCUGGGGUGAAGUCUGGAAUGCGUAUUGCGAAAAUUAAUGGAGUGGAUUGUCCCAACUCUAUCAGAGUGACAACAUCAUACAUCAACGGGAUUGAGGGCAAACUGAAUCUCGUGACGACCUUUGGUGCAAAACCCAAAGCAACAAAGAGCCCUCAAAUCUUUUUCAGCAGCUACUGA